CCCCACCCUCGUCACCCUCUCUCUCUCUCUCUCUCUCACAUCCCAACCCAACCCAACUCCGAACCUCACCCCUCGUCUAUUUGUAUCCCUCCUCAUUCUCUCUAAGCUUCAAGCUAACCCCCAAGAGCCUAACCCUAGGAGCCCUUUGCCUGGUCCUCUAAAUAAUGGACCCCUCCCCAAAAAUCUUAGUUCUGGAUGCCAAGCCCAGGCUCUUCUCCUUCUCCAAUGGUGCUCUGAACCGCCACUAUUACCGGCCGUUGCCGGCGGCGGCGGCGGCGGCGGCGGCGGACUUCCUCUAUACGGAAUGCCUCAAGAACCACGCCGCCAGCCUCGGUGGCCACGCCCUCGACGGCUGCGGCGAGUUCAUGCCCUCGCCGGCGGCCAACCCCGCCGACCCCACCUCCCUCAAAUGCGCCGCCUGCGGCUGCCACCGCAACUUCCACCGUCGCCUACCGGAGCCUCUCCUUCUCCACCACCCUGACAACGGCGGCGGCCAGGAGAGCGGAGACGAGAUGGAUGGACGCCAUGAUGAGGACGCCAACGGCCGUGACCAGGAGGAGGACGGCGAAGCCGACGGCCGCCGUAGCUCCGCCUCUUCCCCGCCCUACUCCUCCGCUCCCCACAUGCUCCUCGCGCUCAGCUCCGGCCUCCCGGGCACCCCCUCUCCGGGACAGGCGGUGGGGCCGCCUGCUGCUGCUGCGGCGGCGGCGGCGUUGCCGAGGAAGAGGUUUCGGACGAAGUUCAGCCCGGAGCAGAAGGAGAGGAUGCACGAGCUCUCGGAGAGAUUGGGGUGGAGGAUGCAGAAGAGGGAUAAAGGAUUGGUGGAGGAAUGGUGCCGAGAGAUCGGUGUCGGGAGGGGUGUGUUCAAGGUGUGGAUGCACAACAACAAGCACACCUUCUUGCGCUUGGCAAGGAGAGGGGAGACAGGCGGUGGAAGCGGCAGCGGAGGAGGAGUUGGUGACGGCGGCGGUAGCUGCGGUGAUGCUGGAGAUUGUGGCGGGCUUGGGGGGGCCGGCCAUGACAGCGGCGGCCGCAACGGCCAUGUUUCUUCCUCUUGAGAGAGUGGAGGAGAAUUAUGUUGUUAUUGUUAGUUUUACCAGUUGUUAUUCAUGGUUAAUCUGGUGUUUCUGGUCUUAAUGAUGUUGAUUUGAAACACUAGCUUUAUGCUCUCUUUUUUUUAGGCAAUGGAAACUGGUAAUGAAACUUUUUGCAAGAGACUUUAAAUUA